AUGGCGCGAACUCGAAAGCUGCCGGAGCGGCGCAACCCUCUGCUCCUCGAAAAUAUUCCGCCACACAGCGAGCUUGUUGCCCGUCGCAGGCUCGGGCAGACGAUUCUGACCUCGCGCAUGGUUCAGGCAUCUGUCCCUGGCGCCGAGGUUCCCGAGUCGUCUCUCGGCGCGUUUGAUUACGCGCACCUGAGGGCUCCGCUGCCAAAGGGGAUCGUGUCGGGCAUCUUCAAAUCGUCACCCCCGAGCUAUUUCCUGAUGCGCCGUAGCGCGGAUGGCUAUGUUUCUGCGACCGGCAUGUUCAAGGCAACUUUCCCAUACGCAGAGCAUGAGGAAGAGGAGGCCGAGCGGAGAUACAUCAAGUCUCUCCCUACGACAAGCCCAGAGGAAACGGCCGGAAACCUCUGGAUUCCCCCGGAGCAGGCGCUGCAGCUGGCCGAAGAGUAUCAGAUCACUCCCUGGAUUCGCGCCCUUCUCGACCCUGCCGACAUCCAGCCUACCCCGAGCACCGAUGGUGGUCCGCCUAAGAAGAUCCAGGCUCCUCCAAAGUUUUUUUUCAAUGACUCGUCACUUGCCCCGCCGACUCCUAGCACCACCACUCGUCGCACUCGUCGCUCGGCAAGUCCGGCUAAGUCAGUUACCAGCAAGCGCGCAAUUGCUACCCCCAGGAGACGCAAGGUCGCGUCGUCCCAGUCGUCAGUCCUUACAGAAGCUACCAUUGCUAGCACGGCAGAGUCGUCGUCACCUACGCUCGUCAAUGGCGAGCUGUCCCAGGCGUCAUUUGAGUUCAAAAGCUCCAAGACUGAGGAGCCGAGCGAAAGCCAAGCGCCCGUCGAGUCAGUUGAAAAGGAGGCCCAAUCCAAAGAAGAGGAGCCGAAGAUCAAGGUUCACGUUGACAAAGACGUCAAGGUUGAUGUCGACGGCGAGGAAGUGAAGCGUACCACAGUCGAGGUGGAGGUUCCCAUCUUUGGCAAAAUUCCGUCUCCUGAGGAUGCGGCCAAAAUGGUUGCCGAGGCCAAAGCAAUGGUUGAGGCUGCUGUGAAGGCCGACAGCGAGGCUGUCGCCGCUGCCGACGGCCCCGCAAGCACCAAGAGUAAGAGCAAGCGUAAGGCUGAGGAUAUUAGCCAAGGUAAUGAGGAUAAAGAGACAGAGGAAGACGCUGUUGAACCUCCUCAGGCGAAGAAAGUCAAGACAGAAGAGGAGAUUCGGAAAGAGAAGAUCAAAAAGCGGGCCUUCUUGGGUCUCACUGCGACCGUGGCUGUUGGCGCGCUUGGCGCUCUGAUUCCCGUCCUUACACCAUAUGUUAUGAAUGCUCUAUAG